ACGGCACAGUUGCGUCAAGAUUCUGGCAUCGUUUGGUUCGAAAACAGAAAAAACACAAUGCAGCCGACUAAAUAUUCACUGAAACUGUCAAUUGCGACUUUGGUGUUCGCAUGGGACUGGUCGAACGCCAUGAACGACGACUGCCAAACUCCGGCCGGACAUCAUGGGCGCUGUUUACCGGUGAAAAACUGCAAAUAUAUUCUGGAUAUUCUACACAAACCCGGAUUCAGCGCGCAGGAUCAGCAGUAUUUGGACCAGUUCCGUUGUGGGAAGCUGUCGGGAUCACGGAAAGUGCUGACCUGCUGUCCGGAGUUCCAGAGUGUUGACGGAUGUGGUCGGUUGACUCUGAGGGACAACAUUAUCGGUGGUCAGGAGACGGAACCGGACGAAUUCCCCUGGACGGCUUUGCUGGUUUAUGCCAUGGGCGUACGAGUAUUUUAUCGCUGUGGAGGGGCGCUGAUUGGCGAUCGGUACGUACUGACUGCCGCCCAUUGCGUGGACAGUUUGGGUCGCAUGAAGCUGGUGGCUGUUCGCCUAGGCGAGUGGGAUCUAAGUACCGUGUAUGACUGCAAAGACGAAGAAUUCGGCAGAUCACGUUGUAACAAAUUUCCUCAUCGGGAUUUUGACAUUGAAAAAGUUUUCGUUCACGAAGGAUACUCCAGCACGCGGCUCAACAAGGAACAUGACAUUGCACUUUUGAAGCUAGCUAAGUCAGCUCCCAGCACGGAUUCUAUAUCACCAAUAUGUUUGCCCACUGUGGAAAUGGAUAGCCGAAUGGAACCCGAAAAAAGCUUGUUUGAUGUCGCCGGUUGGGGAGCUACGGAAGCCGGAGUACCGCGAAGUGAUCGCAAGAGAAAGGUGACGUUGCCCGGUCAAAAUUUGUCCGAAUGUCAGUUAGCUUACGAAGCGGCUGCUGUGAGCUUCACGGAAAAUCAACUCUGUGUUGGUGGCACCGUUGGCAAGGAUAGCUGUCGAGGUGACUCGGGAGGACCGCUGAUGGUGAUAAUUGACAAUCGUUGGCAUCUGGCCGGCAUAGUUAGUCUGGGUGCUGUCAAAUGUGGCAUGAAAGGUGUUCCAGGAAUCUACACCCGACUGGGUAGUUAUUUACCGUGGGUGGCCGCCAAGAUCGAAGGAGCGGAUAGAUUCCAGGUGAUGGGGUCUCACUAGGCGUGUUAAUUAAAUUAUUCAAUCUAGUUUUAGUUAUUUUGGUCUAUAAACUGCUGUCAACUGUAUUAAAGAACAGGUGACAGGUACAAACAAUAUAUUUCGUUUUCGCUUGAUGCUGAACAUAACCUAGUU